CCAAAACCAGUUAUUUGUAUGAUAUAUUAUGAUAUUUUUAUUUGUAUCGUUGUAUUUCAGGAGCGACAUUAUAUAUAUCACCAGAUGAAUAUUGUCAGAGAACAUAUUCAAACAGCUCAUAUCUGUGCAGGGAUAAUGACAACUAUAGGACUAAUUAUGAAGGUAUAUGCUCCACCUUGUAUUGUUAUGAUGCAAUUUACAUCAAGUCUUGUGUCUUCAGCAUUCCACCUCAGGAUUCAACACUUUGUGGCAAUGGGAAGUGGUGUGAAACCCAAUCUUGUCAAGACAAUGCAAACGCUUUGUCUUCCUCAGAUUCAUGUCCGUUGGGAGAUACGGCAAAACAAGAUGUAGCAUUGAACAUGAAUUGUAAACAGAUCGUUGCCAAGAGGCCUAGUAUGUGCUAUGACGAUAAAGUAGGGAGACUGUGGUGUUGUGGUUCGUGUGGAGCUAUUGUUAAACCAGAUCCGGCUAACUUUACUGGUCCAGCAGUUAGCGCCAACCACGACUGCCAGAGCGUAUAUGGACCUUCGUCCUACUUUUGUCAGGGUACUCAGUUCUACAAAAACCAAGAUUUCAGCAAUGUUUGCACAAAUAUGUUUUGCUUCAAUCCCGGAACUGGUACUUGCCAAUCUAUACCAGCUGUCGACGGUGUCCCCUGUGCACCUGGCAAGUGGUGUGUAGGUGCGCAAUGUAUUGCCUCUUCCUUGGCGCCUGUGAAUCCAAUGACAGAAUGCUUCUAUGGAAACCAGUACCAAACAUUUUGUCAAACCAACGUAGUUUAUCCAAAUGUAGCCACAUAUUGUUCACAGUACGAGUCAGGAUGCUGUGAUAUAUGUGCUUCUUAUAAGAACACAUCAUUGCCAAGUGGAUGUCAAUAUGGUGACAUGCAUCCGGAUAUUUGCUCUAAAAAAGUAAAAGACAACACCAUCAAAGCGUACUGUGAAUCAAACGAAGCUGAUUGUUGCCAGACAUGUGUAGAACUAAAAAACAAAGCGAACUCAGCUUGUCCCUACGGUGAUUUUGAUGUUGGUAAGUGUAAGAAGUUGAUGAAUGACAGUAUAGGACCAGGAAACUGCUAUAGUCUAAGCAAACGAACACAAUGCUGCGAUACAUGCACCGAGUAUUACAACGCUUCUAAAACAGGAUGCGAGUAUGGGGACCACUGGAAAGAUUACUGCGCAGCAAAUGUAGUCCCACCAAAUGUCGCUGACGUAUGCAGCAGAUAUGCAAGUCAAUGUUGCGGAAUAUGCAAAGAAUAUGAGGAAAAGGGGCAUGCUGGUUGUAGAUACGGUGAUAGAGACCCUGUAGCAUGUCAGGCUUUAAUGGACAGCAAUCUUGGAACAGCUAACUGUUACAAUAUUGUACAUCAGACCCAAUGUUGUGCAACUUGCGAGAAAAUUAAAGAUAGCACCACACCAGGCUGUGUCUAUGGCGACAAUGCGCCAAGUAGCUGUGUAACAAAGUUCAAUGACUCUCGUGGUGCGGGUAAUUGCUAUGACUUGCAAACACAGAUUGACUGCUGCAGAUCAUGUGCUCAGGCCAGGAAUACGUCACGUCCUGCAGGAUGUCAAUAUGGAGAUAAUAACCCGACGUUCUGUGAAGCUAACAUUCAAGGAAAAUCAUCUGCAUUUUUGUGCUUCUCGUAUGAGGCCCAAUGCUGUGAAACAUGUGCUAAAUACAAAGUUUCAGACAAUCAAGACUGUAGGUACGGCGACAAAGAUCCUAUCAAGUGUCAGUUUCAAAUCCCGGACGAGCCAGCUGCAUUAACCAGAUGCCCAACAUUAGGUUUGGACUGCUGCGAAACAUGUAGUCGGCAUGGUCAUCCUGGACCUGGUGGAAAGAUCUACAGUGACUCUUUGGUCGGAUAAUAAUUCUAUGUCUGAAAAACUACAAUUUUAUGCAUUUGUAGAGUACUUUUUAUCAAAACAUUAAAAGGUUUGACAAAUAAAGUAUUAAAAAGGAAAGUUUA